GUCAACUGCUCGCCACACCAUUGUGCAGCCUUGUUCAGCAGGUCCUCGAUGAAUUGCUCGCUGUCGCUGUCGCUGUGCGCCGAGGCCCUGACAUGAGGUGACCGGGGGCUGAAUACGCCCAUUUGGGAACAAUGGCAGGUCGAACAAGACAAGGACGACCAGAGCGCGGGCGUCUAGUGCACAACCAUCCUCUCCUCCCUCCCCUCCCCUACGACUCUACACCUGGACGGUCUGCGACGCGAUGUCGAUGUUCAAGCGCAUGACCGACAAGCUCGGGCACCUGCAGGUCUCUUCGCCCAAGCCCGCACACUCACAUGCGAACCUAGCCACAGGCGGUACCGCCUCAGCCACCGCCCUCCCAUCCUCGCCUGCGUCUUCCUACGCAUCCACCUCCAAUACCCUCUCGACGUCCGCGUACCCGUAUGCGAACGAGUACGGCGCGUAUCAGCGCGGAAGCAUCUCGACCGAGCGCACAUCGCUGAGCGGGUACAGCAACAACAACUCGAACAUCCCGAAGCCGGUCCCCGCGGCGACCUCCAUUCCGGCCGCGAGCGCAGGUGCAGGCGCAACUGCGCAGAGGAGAGACCGGAACGAUAGGGAGGAGAGUAUGUACGUUGAGGAUGCCCUACCCGCGAGGUUUCUGGCGCUGCGACCAAAAGGCUCGUACCGCCUGGGCGACUUCAUCAUCCAGAGGACACUCGGGACAGGGAGUUUUGGUCGAGUUCACCUCGUGCGCUCGAAGCAUAACCUGCGCUUCUAUGCGGUUAAGGUGAUGCUCAAAGAGAAGAUCGUGCGGACCAAGCAGGUAUCACACACCCGCAACGAGCAACGUAUGCUUUGCGCGGUCCAGCAUCCGUUCAUCAUCAACCUAUGGGGGACGUUCCAGGACUCAACAAAUCUCUAUAUGGUCAUGGACUUCGUUCCUGGUGGGGAACUCUUCACGCUCUUAAGGAGAUCCAAUCGUUUUCCCGACCCAGUAGCCAAAUUCUAUGCCGCGGAAGUCGCUCUCGCGCUCAACUACCUGCACUCCCUCGACAUUAUCUACCGCGACCUCAAGCCGGAGAACAUCCUCCUCAACUUCGACGGCCACAUCAAAAUUGCGGACUUCGGGUUCGCGCGAUGGUGCGAGACGACCGUCUGGACGCUAUGCGGGACACCGGAUUAUCUAGCGCCAGAGAUUAUCGGCAACGCGCGCUACAACAAGUCCGUCGACUGGUACGCCCUCGGCGUACUGACGUUCGAGAUGCUCUCCGGGCUCCCGCCAUUCCACGAGCCCGACAUCAGCCCCGUCAAACUGUAUGAGAAGAUCACCGUCGGUCCCGCGUACAUCAAGUGGCCGGACUUCCACCCCAACGCGAAAGACUUGAUCUUGAAGCUCAUGGAGGCUGACCCCUCAAAACGAUACGGCAACUUGCGCCACGGCGCGGGCGACGUGUUCGCGCACCGGUGGUUCUCCGAAGUCGACUGGGACAAACUCCGCAACCGCGAGAUUCAAGCGCCGUACCUUCCGAGGAUAAACGGCGACGGUGAUGCUAGCGCGUUCGAGCGGUACCCUGAGAUCGAUGCGUCGAUGCAGUACGGAGCCUUCGGUCCUGAUCCCUAUGGGGAUCAGUUCCCGGAUUUCGAAUAUACUGCCCCAUAGUUGUUAGGUGUAGUUAGAAUAGCAGUCAAGUGUGUGUAUACUUUUCGAAUGAACUGUGACUACAUUUCAAUGCAUGACUGUACAAGGAUUGACAUUACUAGACGAAAAUGAUAUAAUGUAAAAUGCA